CUGAUUUGCCCGAUCCGCAUCUCGUGGCCUUCCUUUCCCACGUUGCGUAAAGAAUCGCAAUUUUUUCAAGAUAAAAGUUAGAAAUUUUGGUGCGAUCUUUCAUUAUGGCUGACGAGGAUUUUGAAGGUGGAAGCUCAGGUGCCUCAGACACCUACCCUGCACAGUGCUCCUCUCUCCGUAAGAAUGGCCAUGUCAUGAUUAAAGAACGUCCCUGCAAAAUUGUUGAGAUGUCAACAUCCAAAACUGGAAAACAUGGACAUGCAAAGGUACACUUGGUCGGCCUUGACAUUUUCACUAACCGCAAGUAUGAAGAUAUCUGUCCAUCCACUCAUAAUAUGAAUGUGCCAAAUGUCAGCCGCAAAGAUUUCCAAUUGGUCAAUAUUGAGGAGGGCUUUGCUCAUUUGAUGGAUGAUGCUGGAGAUGUGAGAGAAGACCUCAAAGUUCCUGAUUCAGAUUUAGGAAAGGAAAUACAAAUGAAGUUUGAUAAUGGGGAGGAGUUCAUGUGCACAGUUCUUAAGGCUGUUGGAGAGGAACAGAUAAUUGCUUUGAAGGCCUCAGCUAAUAAGAGCAACUAACCAUUUGAAUGUUGGGUUUUUCUCUCGAAUGAGGAAUUAAAAAACUAUUUUGACUUUUGAUCAUUUUGCGUUCAAUUUUAUGUUUUGAGAUGGAUGACUUUAUUUUGUUUUAUGAUAAUAUUCUUUCUUUGGAUCAUUUCAUAAAAAAAAUGCCUGUGCACUUGCCAAGUUAGUUGAAGUGUCUGGAUUGAAAGUGAUGUUUUCAAACUAGUGGGUUGGUUGUAUUAUGGAGUGCUAAUACCAAAGAAAGAAAGUUUUUUAUUACCUAAUACUAACUUAAUGUAACUGCAUUAUUAUUAAAUUGUAUGUUAGGGAUAGUGUGUAUUUACCAGUUUAGGAAAUAAUCUCUGGGGCAAAUGCACAGGCAUUUUGAAAACGAUUAUGUAAGUGAGGUAAACCAUAAUAUAAAUGUAGCUCUACUGGCGAUACUGCUCUCUGAUAUAUUUUCUCUGGUUUGAAAAUCGCUGUACUAGAAAAUGUAGACAUUGUUUUGCAGUUGUUUGCAAAUAAAUUGUUAGAUUUGUCCAACUGCUCCAAGGGAAUGCAAUUGAUUGAAUUGAAUAAAGUGUCUUUCGUGAA